AUACCUUCGUCUCCGGCUUCAAUUAUUUCUACUGAUACUAUUACCUCCGUCGAUACAAGAUCUACAAGUAAAAUUUGGGAUUAUUUUAACAAAUGCGAAGAUGAAAAAAUUGGAAUAUGUCAAGUAAAAAUACCUGGAAAAAAUGGAUAUCAGUUAUGUGGAAAAGUCAUAAAGCUUAAUAUUUCAAAAUCAACUGGAAAUUUCUGGUACCAUCUUAAAUCAACACACAGAAUAUUUAACGAUAAUAAUAGUUCAUCAAAUUUUGAGCAAAUCAAUGAUGAAGGAUUUGUUGAACUCAUCAAAGAAUUUAAUCCUGACUAUAAGCUUCCAUCUAAAAAAGCAAUAAAAGCUAUGUUAACACAAGCUUUUACUUGUACUAAACAACAACUUAUCGAUGAAAUAUCAGAAAUACCUUCGUUUUGCUCAUUGACAGCUGAUUUGUGGACAGCCCGAUCAAAGCAAGGAUAUAUUGGCAUCACUUGUUCAUACUUAAAUAAGAAUUUCAAAAUGU